AUGUCAGCUACUGGAGCAAAACGGUCCAGCACAAACACUAGACCGGUUAAGAGAGAUGCUUCGACUAAGCAAAACGCUAUCAAGGGACCUUAUGGUAAUAGUCCGGGAUGCACAACGAGCUGCGGAUUAAGGUUACCGAGGAAAACAGAAGUCACAGCAGCAAAAUUGAUCAAGCAUCUUGGCUGUAAAUUUGCUAAAGGAUUGCGUCUGGUGGUGAUGAGGAAGAAGAGAAAGUCUCCACCAACGAAGGUUUCUUCCUCUUCAUCCUCUGGGAGAUCUCAGCCGUCGAUCAUCCCUAUAAGAAAUGACAGUCAUAGAGCAGAGGCCAUAGAAGACUGCAUACAGUUUAUCAACUCCUCAUCCUCCUUCACCAGAUCAAACUCUACUUCCUAA